AUGGCGGCGGCGGCGGCCGGGGGGGCCGCCACCAUCCCGGGGCCACCGCCGGGGCCACCGGGGCCACCGCGGCCACCGGCGCCCGCUUCGGCCGCGCUCGGCUCCGGCUUCGGAGAGGGCUCGGCUCCUCUUCGGGUGGGCUCGGAGAGGAUUCGGGUGGGCUCGGAGAGGCUUCGGGAUGGCUUCGGCUCCCCUGGCUUCAACUUCAGGCACCCCCUGUUGGCAGGGGGGGGGCAACCCCCAGGUCUCCUGCCCCACUCCCCCUCCCUCCCCCACGGCGACGGCUUCGGGAAGGGCUGGAGCAAGAGACCCCUCAGCCACCCCCUGUCCCAAGCCGUGUCCUUCAGCAUCCCCUUCGGCCUGGACAGCGACGUCGACAUCGUCAUGGGCAACCCCGUGGGGGUCCCGGCCGGGACCCUCGCCCGCUCCGCCAGCUCCGACAGCCUCGCCCCCCCACGCCGCCCCCCCAGGGCCACCCCUGCCACCCCCACGGGUGUCCCCAACGGUGUCACCGAGCCCCCCGAGCCCCCCAGCAUCGAGGAAGCUCUGCAGAUCAUCCACAGCUCCGAGCGCCUCCUCCCCGACGGAGCCCCCGACGCUUUUUUCCUCCAUUCCCCGGAGCCUCCCCCACCUCAAAACCCCCAAAAUCUUCCCGGGACCGCCCAAAAUCUUCCUGCGACCCCUCCAAAUCUUCUCGGCGCCCCCCAAAAUCCUCCCGGGACCCCUCAAAACCCUCCCCAAAAUCCAGCCCGCCCCAUGACCAGCUUCGCCGAGCGCAAGAAGAAACUGGAAGAAGCCACCGGCGCCGCCCCCGCCAAUCCUGCCGGGGGUCUCGGCGUUCAUUUGGGGGGGGUCUCCACCACUCCCGGGGGUCCCCCGGAGGCGGGCGGGGGUCUCAGCGCCGAGAUGUCGCAGCUGGGAGCUCGUUUGGAGGAGAAGCGCCGCGCCAUCGAGGCACAAAAGAAACGCAUCGAGGCCAUUUUCGCCAAGCACCGCCAGCGCCUGGGGCAAAACGCUUUGCAGCGCCUCCGCCACGAUGAGGAGGGGGCUUCCCCCGCCCCUGCCGAGGAGGAAUUGAGUCUGGGGGCUCCUCAGAAACCUCCUCAAGCCCCCCCCGGGCAGUACGAAGCGGCCGUGGCCAGGCUGAGCGCGGCGCUGAGCUCGCUGCAGCUGGACAUGCAGCGCUUGACGCAGCAGCAGGAGCGGCUCCUGCUGGAGCAGCGACCCCACGGAGCCCCCCAAGCUUGGGUGAUCCCCCUCCCCAAAUCCGCCAAGACCCCCUCGGCGCCCCCAAAAAACACCCCGGGGUCGCCAGCACCCGCCAGGAGAGGAGGAGGAGGAGGAGGAGGAAGCGGCAACAACGCGGGAAAUUCGACACCAGCCGCAGGAGGAGGGGGAACGGCGAGUUCUGUCGCGAUAUCAGCGGGCGGAAUCGCGACUGCGGGGUCGCGGAAGCCCCCUCCCCGCAGCCCCAGGAGACCCCGGCCCGCGGAGCUGCGGCUGCCGCCCCUGACGCGGGUGCUGACCCCUCCCCACGACGUGGACACGCUGCCGCACCUGCGGCGCUUCUCGCCCAGCCAGGUGCCCGUGCAGACCCGCAGCUCGCUGCGCUUCGCCGACGGCCAGGAGGAGCAGCGGGACGAGGACGACGAGGAGGAGAUUGAGACCCGCAGCUCGCUGCGCUUCGCCGACGGCCAGGAGGAGCAGCGGGACGAGGACAAGGAGGAGGAGAUUCAGACCCGCAGCUCGCUGCGCUUCGCCGACGGCCAGGAGGAGCAGCGGGACGAGGACAAGGAGGAGGAGAUUCAGACCCGCAGCUCGCUGCGCUUCGCCGACGGCCAGGAGGAGCAGCGGGACGAGGACGAGAAGGAGGAGAUUCAGACCCGCAGCUCGCUGCGCUUCGCCGACGGCCAGGAGGAGCAGCGGGACGAGGAGGAGAAGGAGGAGAUUCAGACCCGCAGCUCGCUGCGCUUCGCCGACGGCCAGGAGGAGCAGCGGGACGAGGACGAGGAGGAGGAGGUGAGAUUUGGGGAAAUUCGGGUCAGAUUUAGGGAAAUUUGGGUCAGAUUUGGGUCAAAUUCGGGUCAGAUUGAGACCCGCAGCUCGCUGCGCUUCGCCGACGGCCAGGAGGAGCAGCGGGGCAAGGAGGAGGAGGAGGAGCAGAGACCCCCGCCCCCCUCGGUGCCCCCCGAGUCGCCCCCGGCGCCCGGCAAGGGGACGCUGCGUGCCAGGGCCUGCGGGGACGGCACCAGCGACGUGUCCCUGUCACCCGGCGAGAAGGGGACAGCCAGGGGACAGCGGCACGAGGAGGAGGACGAGGAGGAGGAGGAGGAGGAGGAGGAGGAGGAGGAGGAAGGAGAAGGGGACUCGCUGGAGGGGUCCCCCACUGAGGGGGGAAAUGGGCCCCGGGCCAGCGUGGGGUUCUUCUGUAAGCUCGAUGACAGCGACCCCUCCCCCCCCCGCCGCGCCCCUCCCCCCCUGCGGCAGCGCCGCCUCUGGGGGGCGGGGCAGGAGCAGCCCCCGGACAGACCCCCAGCGGAGCCCCCCCAGCCCCCCCCAGCCCCGGAGAAGGAAUUUGGGGAGGGGUCUCGGCGGGGGGAUUUCACCCGGCUGGAGUACGAGCGGCGGCAGCAGCUGAAGCUGAUGGAGGAGCUGGAGAAAGUCCUGAGACCCCCCCGCGGGACCCCCGCCCCAAAAUCGGGGGGUGGGGGCAACUCUCGGGGACCCCCCCGGGAGCCCCAAAUUAGGGGAGGGGGCUCGGGGAGACCCCGGCCCCGCUGCUGCGACGACUCGGCCCUGGGGAGGAGCCCCCCCAAGGGGCUGCUGGGGUCGCGCCUCUCCAAGGUCUAUUCCCAGAGCUCUCUGUCCCUGUCCAGCGUGGCCGAGCCGGGGGGGGGGCGCAGCCACAGCCGGGCCGGGUCCCCCUCGGGGCCGGGGUCUCCAAACAGAGCGCCCCCCCCUGGGCGGGAGUGGGACAACGACUCCAACCCCUCCUCACCGGGGCCGGAGUACACGGGUCCGAGGCUGUACAAGGAGCCCACGGCCAGGUCCAACCGGCCCCUGAUCCAGAACGCCCUGGCCCAUUGCGUGCUGGCCGGGACCCCCAACGCCCCCCUGAGGGCCAAAGUGCUGCAGGAGAUGGAGCAGAGCUCAGCCCAGCAGCUGCUGAUCCUGUUCCGGGACGGGGGCUGCCAAUUUCGGGGCGUUUACGCUUUAGGGGGGAGAAAUCCCCCAAAAAAAACCCCGAAAAACCCCACAAAAACUCCACCACCAAAAAAACCCCAAAAAAACCCCAAAAAUGCCAAUUUCCCUUCGCAGGAGAUGGAGCAGAGCUCAGCCCAGCAGCUGCUGAUCCUGUUCCGGGACGGGGGCUGCCAAUUUCGGGGCGUUUACGCUUUAGGGGGGAUCCCCCCGACCCUAAAACGCCUUUCGGGGUCGGGACCCCGCAGCGUCCCCCUGCCCAUGGUGGAGGCUCUCUACAAAUACCAGUCGGACCAGCGGCGCUUCUGCCGCCUCCCGGCGCGCACCAUGAGCGGCAGCGUGGACGCCUUCACCAUCCCCGGGCACCUGUGGCACCCCAAAAAACCCGGCACCCCAAAAUAAAACCCCAAAAAACCGGGGCUGACCCCAAAAACGAUCCCAUCUGUGGUGCUUGGUGUCGGUGAAAAUGGGGAUUUGGGGACGUUUGGGGACUUUUGGGGACGUUUGGGGACACCUGGAAUGGGUUUGGGUUUUGGGGGACGCCUUCACCAUCCCCGGGCACCUGUGGCACCCCAAAAAACCCGGCACCCCAAAAUAAAACCCCAAAAAACCGGGGCUGACCCCAAAAACGA